AUGAUCUACAAGACCGCCCUACUUGGCCUUUUGGCCUCCUUGGCCCAGACUAGCCCACUCCUUGGUUCUUCGUUCGGGAUCCCCGGGAUGAAUGCAACCUACGAUUAUGUUGUGGUAGGUGGUGGAAUGGCAGGUCUAACCCUUGCUACAAGGUUAGUCCAGCAGUCUGCGGGCACAGUGGCCGUGAUUGAGGCCGGGUCCUUCUACGAGAUUAGCAAUGGAAAUCUCAGCCAAGUACCAGCAUACACGGGAAUAUACUCGAGCAGAGAACUGAAUGACUGGCAACCCUUGAUCGAUUGGGGAUAUGCGACGACACCGCAGCCUAACGCAUAUAACCUGUCAAUCCAUUAUGCCCGGGGCAAAACUCUGGGCGGGAGUUCCGCUCGAAAUUCAAUGGUGUACCAACGCGGGACAGUGGGAACCUACGGUCGAUGGGCCGAUAUGGUGGGGGAUGAUAGCUAUCGAUGGGAGAACUUCAUGCCGUUCUUCAAGAAGAGCGUGAACUUCAGCGAGCCUAAUAUGGAUCUGCGGUUUCCUAAUGCCACGCCAGUCUAUGACGCACCAGCGGCAGGUGAUGAUGGGCCACUCUCGGUUACAUACCCCAACUAUGCACAGGCGUUCACCACUUGGAGUAUCAAGGCUUUCGCUGAGGCGGGGAUCCCUGAAAUCCCGGGCUUCAUGAGUGGAGAGGCAAUUGGGCAUUCGUAUGGGACAUUCACCCUGAACGCCGAGACGAUGACCCGGGAUUCUUCUGAAACUUCAUUCCUUCGCGAGGGGCUCAAAAACCCGAAGCUCAUGGUUUAUCCUAUGGCGAUGGCGAAGCGGAUAUUGUUCAACGACACGAAGACAGCCUCUGGUGUCCUUGUUGAAGUGCAAGGUCUUCAGUAUGUAUUGUCGGCUCGAAAAGAAGUCAUUUUGUGCGCAGGAGCGUUUGGAUCACCACAACUCCUGAUGGUUUCUGGUGUUGGGCCAGCACAUCUCUUGAAAUCUUUGGACAUCUCAAUAAUCGCUGACCGACCGGGGGUGGGGCAAGGAAUGCAGGACCAUGUCGUCUAUGAUAUCGGAUACCAAGUGGAUGUUCUGACUAUGUCCUCAUUAACGAACCCUGCUUUUGCCGCAAAGCAAUCUCGGUUAUUUACCGAGCACGCUGCAGGCAUGUUGACGGGGUCAAACACCGAGGCAUUGGCAUUCGAGAAGAUACCGCCGUCUCUCCGAGCAGACUGGGGCAAUCAAACACACGACAGGUUAAAAGCCUACCCAGACGACUGGCCUGAGGUGGAAUAUAUCACAGUUCCGCUACCCGCAGGAAAGGUCACAGCUAAUGCAACCAGCCAAUACGCUGCUCUGGCUGUUGUUCUCGUUGCUCCUGAGUCUCGGGGAACGUUAACAAUAUCUUCAACCGACACUAACGUGGCCCCAAUUAUCAAUCCGAACUACUUUGCCGAAGCCUCUGACGUGGACAUUCUGGUUGCUGGCUUCAAGCGUGUUCGCCAAUUCUUCGACACAAAGGCAAUGAGAAAUAUCCUCAUUGGCGACGAACAGAUUCCUGGAACGCAGGUAUCGACAGACGCACAAAUCGAAAAGUUCAUUAAGAAGAGUUUCAAUACCAUCUGGCAUGCGUCGUGCACCUGCGCAAUGGGCAAGGUGACUGAUCCGAUGGCCGUAGCAGACGCACAGGGCCGGGUAAUUGGUGUUCAUGGGUUGCGUGUGGCAGACAGCUCGUCGUUCCCUUUGCUGCCGCCGGGACAUCCCAUGUCGACCGUCUAUGCACUUGCCGAGAAAAUUGCCUGUGAUAUCUCCGGUAAUUGCUAA